AUGAGCCACACGCCCAGCGAACCCGCUUCAUACGCCCAUGCUUUACGACAAUUUCAUCUUCUUGAACGACGACUAGCAGCGAAUUGUGAGCUCAAGAAAAAAUACAUUGCCUUCAUGCGCGAAUACGCGGACCUCGGCCAUAUGGAACCCGUUAGUCACAUUGGAGAUGAGGGGGUCAACUACCACAUCCCUCACCACGCGGUUCUGGAAAAGUUCCGCGUUGUGUUCAAUGCUUCAGCGCGGACCACGAGCGGCCUCUCACUGAACGACGUCCAGUUGGUGGGAGCCACGAUUCAAGAACCACUUGUGAAUAUCAUCUUUCGUUUUCGGUGUUUUCGCGUAGCAUUAACAGCAGACAUCGAGAAAAUGUUCCGUCAAAUUCUGAUAACUCCCGAACAUAGGGAUUUCCAACGCAUUAUUUGGAGAGAAUCACCAGACAAUGACCUAGCAGUAUACCGUUUAACUACAGUGACGUAUGGGAUGGCUUGUAGCCCGUACAACGCAGUUCGCGCACUCAAUCAAUGCAGUUAUGAUAACUACAACGUAGUCGCAGAUGGCCAUCAGUCGAUUGUUGCGCGCGAUGCGAUUCUGUCAUCAUUUUAUGUAGAUGAUUUUCUCAUCAGUUGUGACACUGAGGAUAAAGCCUUCGAACUCGCUGUCAAUGUGAGUGCGAUUUUGUCGGCCGGACAGUUCCUUUUACGAAAAUGGCAUUCUAAUAGUGGUGAGGUUGUAAAGCGUUUAAUUAGUAACAAUUCUUCAAUCGUAGAGUUAGCAAGUGAACCAUCGACGGCAACUGUGCUUGGUUUAAGCUGGGACCCAACAACAGACGAGAUCUUUUUCAAAGCGAAUCUAAACCAGAACAUCGGAUGCCUCACAAAACGUCGGGUUUUAAGUGAGGUCGCCAAACUAUUUGAUCCUACUGGCAUGCUUGCUCCAAUUGUUAUUGCCGGGAAGAUAUUUAUUCAGAAGUUGUGGUCUGCUGGCUUAGAAUGGGAUGCACCACUCCCAGAUGCACUUCAAAAUACGUGGGUCUUAUUUUACAGAGAACUUGACGUUAUAAACCGUAUCCGUGUACCACGAUGGUUAGGUUUGGCUGAGGGUAAGACUACUAUGCUACUUGGGUUUUGUGAUGCAAGUCCACUUGCCUAUGCGGCUGUCCUCUGUACUAGGACAACAGACGGUGAAGGUCGGUCAACUGUAUCAUUGCUAACAGCUCGCACCAAAGUGGCGCCACUCAAGGGUGCAACGAUUCCUCGCCUAGAACUUUGUGCGGCACAUUUACUCGCAUCCACACUGGACAAUGUGCGAACUGCUUUACGUCUAACGGACACUUCUUAUCAUUUAUGGUCCGACUCGCGAAUCGUGUUAUGCUGGUUACGUAAACCUCCAACUACUCUCAAGCCGUACAUUUCCAAUCGUGUUCGUCACAUUCAAGAGCUGACAUCACCAGAUCGUUGGCAUUAUGUACGGUCUGCACAAAAUCCGGCAGACUGUGCCAGUAGAGGUAUCCGAGCAUCAGAACUGGUUGAACAUCAGUUGUGGUGGCAAGGGCCAAAAUGGCUUAUGGACAAACAGCUACCAAUUUCCUUUGGGAUCGAAUUAAAAGAUGACGAGCUUGACAUUGUACGUGGUGAACAGAGAGUGUCAUCGUUUGUAGCAACGACGGCCCACGCGAGCAUUCUUACAACUCGACGUCUAGACGGCCAAAUAAUUCCAUUAAGCGAACGCUUUAGUUCAUUGCAAAAGCUUCUUCGUACCGUGGCAAUCGUACUUCGGUGGCUACCAGUUCGCCGACAUUUGCGAAGACUGAUCGUCAAUCCUACAGAAAUGGACGAUGCUCUUAACGUGCUAAUCCGAAACGAGCAAUAUACCUUUGCGACUGAUAUGUCUCUGAUUCGGAAGGGAUCGGAAAUAUCCAGCUCCAGCAAACUAAGGUCAUUGAACCCUUACAUAGAUUGUAACGACAUAUUGCGAGUCAGAGGUCGUAUUGGUCACGCUGACCUUCCAGAAGAUCGACGUUUUCCGAUAAUUUUACCGAAGCAUGGGAGUUUGGUACACUUACUCAUCCGACACGCACAUGAAACCACGCUUCAUGGUGGGGCGCAAAUCACUCUUCAAACUCUUCGCGCACGGUACUGGAUAUUGAACGGAAGGCAAGCAGUCCGAAGGUUUGUACAGACUUGUGUUAUUUGCCGACGACAUCGAGGCGUAACGUUAUCUCAGCAGAUGGUAUCCUUACCCAGGCAUCGCAUUACGGCAGCACGGCCUUUUAUACCUUCAGGUGUCGACUAUUGCGGGCCUUUUACAGUGCGCAUCGGCACAAAAAGAUCGCGCACAACGAUCAAAACAUAUCUAGCUGUUUUCGUUUGCAUGGCGACCAAGGCCGUGCAUAUUGAAGUUCUUGAUGAUCUUUCAUCACCCGCAUUCUUAGAUGCAUUUACGCGAUUUAUAAGUAGACGAGGUCCAUGUCGAGAUCUCUAUAGUGACAACGGUACUACGUUCACAGGUGCUAACCGUUUGCUUAAAGAAGACUUGGCUGCUUGGCAGAACGACAACAACCAACAAAGUUUGGCGAAUCUCGGUACUCAUUGGCACUUCAUCGCUCCCAGCGCUCCUCAUCAAGGUGGUCUCUGGGAGGCUGCGGUAAAAUCUGCCAAAUAUCAUUUGGUGCGCCUCGUUGGAGCGCAGUCAUUAUGGUAUAGCCAACUUCAGACUUUGGCGACACGCAUUGAAGCAUGCCUAAAUUCUCGUCCGCUAACACCUAUAUACGAUGAUCCCGAUGAUAAGUUAGCGUUGACCCCUGCCGACUUUCUGGUUGGCGCUCCACUGGUUGCAGUCCCUGAAGCUGACAUCAGAACAAUUCCGUCCAACCGUAUUAAGCACUGGCUCUGGCUGCGUCAGAUACAUCAACAAUUUUGGCAACGAUGGAGCGAGGAAUAUUUAUCUACUCUUCAAACUCGAAACAAGUGGCAGACGAAAUCAAGGGACGUAAAGAUCGGAGACAUAGUCAUCGUAAGACAUGAGAACUUACCACCAACAUAUUGGCGCUUAGGGCGCGUAACUGCGGUUCAUCCGGGCAGCAAUGGUUUAAUACGUAAUGUCACGCUUCAGACGGCGAACGGUAUGAUGACUCGUGCGGUACAGAAAUUGUGA